AUGCGAGGGAUUAUAUCAAACGUAAAGAGAAGGAUCUCUGAAUUCCGGGAAAUUGCCUGUCACAUUUAUUGUUGUUCCUUGCUCACCGAGUUUGAACACAAGUCCGGUAACUUCCGGCAGUUUGUUAAUUUUAUUCCGGUAGCACUUGUUACUGUAGUAUUGUUCGACAUGGGAUACGCGACAUUAGAUGCAGCACUUGCGCUUCCAAACAAUCUCCCACCAGAAAGAAUUCACAUUGUGAUUACAGACACUUUAAAAUCAGACGCAAACUUUCUUAUACAUCACUUUGUUGGAAAUCAACUUAAAGCAGAUCGAUCUGUCAUUCUGGGCAUCAAUCUUCAGACAUACAAGCAGUCUGGUCAGUUUAGUUUCCUUGAUGGACUAACUCACUUAAAUCCUUAUUCCCACACGACACCAUAUCCACCCGCCAAAACACCCUCUACACCAACCGGCACCCUUGAUGGCUCUCUUGGAUCAAAAGACGUCUUACGCUCAUUUUAUCAAAUAAUUAAGGAUCACCUUCAGUCAAAGAAGAAUCCUUUGCUUGUUUUGGAUGACGUGAGUGUGCUUCUUCAGAGCGGCCUAGGUCUGCGGGAGGUGUGUCAAUUUGUGAACAAGCUCAAAUCCCUUGUCGAGAGUAUGGAUGGAACACUUGUUACUGUGUGUCAUGCAGACGAGCAAGGCACCGAAGACAUUGAACAAGAUGCGUUUGUGAAGACUAUAUUGGCAAGUGCUGAACUUGUUCUCCAAGUACAAGCUCUCGGAAGUGGACUGGCAAGGGACGUGCAUGGUCAGCUUUCAAUUCUUCAUGGCUCAAAGUGCAUGCCAAACACAACCCUCAACUAUCUUGGACAAUCUCUUCACUAUAAGAUUCUUGAUAAUAAUGUACAUUUCUUUGCAAAAGGAAUUUCACAAGGUGUAUUGUAG